UGCCAUCCCGUUCUGUCACGCAACCUCCUACCUCUUUCUUUUCAGUUGUCCUGCUGCUCCAGUCCAGACUUUCUCUUCUGCUCAGAAUCCCGUUCCCUGAUCAACCCGUUCUUCUCCGCACGCCUCUCUUUCCGCGGCCAUGGGGAGAGAUGCCGCGGGCGCGGGGGCAAGCGGGGGGGUUCCGGCGGCGGAGGUGGAGCGCCUGAGCGAGCGCCUGUCGCUGGUGGCGGACCUGCGACUGCCGCAUGCGAUGGAGAGCCGCGGCGACGCCGUGACUUGCGGCGAGAAGAAGGACCACCUCGCCUCCCUUUUGCAGCGCGAUCCGGCGGUGUUCCUAGAGCGGUACGGAGGUUUGCUGCGGGAGGAGGAGCUGGGGGCGUUCGACGGCAUGGCGGGGGACUAUGAGAUCGCAUGGCACAUGCGGCGACUGCGUCCGGCUGGCCACCCGUCGUCCCCGCACCCGUCUCACGCCACUGUGGUUAAGAACCGCCGCCUCGCCUUCUUGACGCGCCUUGAGCGGGAGGGUUUGUUUUUCAGUGAGGAGGCGAUGAGGGAGAGAGACCCCCUGCUGCACCAGGACUAUAUGGGAGGGUUCGGGAGAGCACCCGGAGGGGGGGCUGCAGGGGGGGCAGAGGAAGGGGCAGACGAGAUUGCCAUACAGCAGGCGCUGGUGAGGGGGAGGAGGGGGCGAGAGGGGGAGGCGAGAGGGCGAGGCAGGGGUGCACAGAUGGUGGAGGAAGAGGAGGAAGAAGAGGACGAAGAAGAGGACGAAGAAGAGGAGGAAGAAGAGGAGGACGAGGAUAUGAACGACGCAGAAAGAGGAUUGAGAGACCAUGGGGGGAGGGAUGCCAGCAGGGGAGAGCACAUGGGACAUGCAAGAAUGGAGUGCGGAGGGCAGGAGGGGGGAGGAGGAAGGAUCAGGAAUGCAGCACACGUGAGAUUGCAACAGGAGCCAGCCGUGCUGUUGUCAAGUCAAAUCCCAGCAGAAGGUGCAGGAGGGCACGUGGCAUUGGUAGAAGCAGCAGCAGCAGCAGCAGAGGCUGGAGCAGCAGAGGGUGCAGCAGCAGAGGCAGAAUCAAGGGCAGGCGCAGGGGGCAGCAAGGGAGAAGGGGAUGAUGGAAGAGGAAGAGAAGGAGGGGGAGGAGGGGAGGGGGUGGGAAGCGGAGGCAGAAGAGGAGUCGUUGGAGACAGUGGUAGACAUGCAGGAGAAGCUAGGGGGCAGGCAGAAGUUCAGGAGGGAAGAGGUGACAUGAGAGGAGAUGCAGCGGCAGGAAAAAGGAAGGAGGAAGAGGAAGAGGAGCGAGAGGGACAGGGGGGUCAGGAGGGGCAGGAGGGGCAGGAGGGAUGGGAAGGGCAGGAGGGGCGGGAGGGGGCACUGGAGGACUUGCGGUGGGCGAUGAAGGAGCGGUUCCUGGCAGGGAGGGAGGCAGAGGUGGACUAUGGGCGCAUCGACGGGGAUGAGAGCUUGGACGAUGACUGGAUGGUGGAGGCGAAUCGGGAUGCUGAGGAGAGGUACUUUGGGGAGGACUGAUGAGGACUGAUGAGGAGUGAUGAUGAGGUGUGCUCGGGGCUGGGCUGGGACAUGUGUGUAGAAGAGGCGGAUGUGGGGAAUGGGCGCUUGGAUGAUGACUGGGAUGAGAGCUUGCAGGAUGACUGGAUGAUAGGAUGGUGCAGGCGAAUAGGGAUGCGGAGGACAGGUACUUCGGGGAGGACUGAUGCAUGCGGAAAGGGGAGGGAAGGGGAGGGGUUAGGUUGGGUGGAGUGAGGGGUAGCUUUGCUGUAUUAGCUUGAUAUCUGAGUUGUUGCAGUGGCCAUAGGCUCAAUGCUGCGGUGUAGAGUAGGAUGGUACUGGUAUACAAAGCCAUGGCAGCUAAUGUGAAUGUAGACUUACACAUGAAUAGCAUGUACGACAGCCAAGUGUAGUCCUUUCAUAACACUGC